ACUUCAAAAUUUUCCAGCUGGCCCAGCUGGGCCACCUGGUUUUCAUGUUUUAGGGUUUCCUUUUCCAAGUUUGCCGUUUCUGCCACAACUUCAAGAAAGACGAGUGGCACAGCGGAAGCUUUCACUGUCAGAGCUGCAGCUAGGCGUUUCGGUUAUCGCCAUUGGCAUUCUCACCCGUGGUCCUGGACAAAUUUGAAGGCCGGCAGCCGGUUGGCGGCAGGUUUGCCGAUUAUGGGGCGGAAGCGGGACCGCAAGCAGUCUAACGCGGUGUUGGGCGGAGGCGCCGGUGGUCGUCGAGUGAAACUCGACCUUUGGACGCCUGACCCAAUUGCGGAAGCAAGGAAGGCCCGAGAAGCAGCUUCUGCGGCAGCCCCUGCAGAAGCACAAGAAGCUGCUGCUGAGGACAGGGCCCCGCUUGGAGCCCCAUCUGACAAUGGAGAGGCCACGACGGGAGGGCCCAAACUUGCAGAAACAGCUCCCUCCGGUCUGCGCCACCUGAUUGGUGCUUACAGUGAGGAUGAAGAGGAUGAGGCAUCUCCCCAGGAAGAGGCAGCAGCGCCAGCUGGAGCACCAGGAGAAGACGUGGAUGACAAGGUCAAGAGCUUUCUGGCGGAGCUUGAGACGGACGGGCUUCUGGAAGAAGGCGAAGAAGCGGCUGUGGAGGAGGACCAACAACCGACAGAAACGGGCGGUGUAACGUCAGACCAUGAUUCAGGGGCGGUGGCUCUUGGACACGAGGUGCAGAGAGCGGGGGGCGCUGGCGCAGGAGAGAGCGAACGUGAUGAUGGGGAGGGGGAGGACGAGUUUGUGGAGGAGGGCUGGCAGGCCAUCCUGGACCCGGGGAGCGGAGAGCACUACUACUGGAACACGCUGACGCUAGAAACGACCUGGGACAAGCCCAGGACGAUCAAGCGCAGGCGCGGGGGUGACCCGGCACUGGCCCCGCAGGAUGAGGCGGGGGACGGCAGCGGAGUCGCUGCAAGUGUCGAGCCAGGGGAAGCCGGACAGGGGGGCCAAGUGGAGGAGCAGGAGCAGGGUGGGGAGACGCAGCCUGAAGGCCCUUCCGUACUAGAGACGGGCAGGGAGGAAGGCAGUGAGGGUGGGCUGAACACUGGUGAGAAGAAAGGACGGCUCUUGGAAGGAAUCACUGCAGAAGGUUUGGGUGCGGACAGGGAGGAAGGGGACGCUGCUGGCCCUCUGCCAUCGAAAGAGGAUGUUCUCGAAAGUGUGCCCAGCACCGCAGAAACAGAUGGUGCCGUGACACAAGGAAGGGUCUUGGACGACGAAGCGCUCCCUGCGGUCCAGAGAAAGGUCGUAGAAGUUGGGGCCACUUCUGAUGAAGCCAUCGAUUCUGGGGAUACCUCAGAAGCAUCCGACAGCGAGGAUCAAGUGGACGAAGAUGGUCAUGCAGCGGAUGCUAGAGAGGCAGGGCCUCAGGCGAGGGGACAGGGGAGCACAGGGGAGCGCGAGCGGGUCCCUGGGAGUGUGGUUCGGGAUGACGAGAAGACGAGGAGCGAACAGGAGGAGCUGGUCAGCGGUCUUCUGCAAGAAGGGGCGGCACUGGUGCGGCGCCUGCAAGAGCGAGCAGGGCCGUCUUUAGCGCAUGUCUCCCCGUUGGCGCGCUUGGCCAUCCAGGCGGAGACGGUGUCCUCUCUGGCGUUGAAACUGCAGACCGCCAACAGUGCAAACACGAUUUGGGCCCGCAUCUGUGAGCAGCUUUUGCUUCUCUCUGCGCGUGCCACCGAAAUGGAGGGCAUGGCAGAGGGCGGGCGUGGUACUGGCCGCACAGAAGGAGAGACGCAGGGAGGCUCUGAUGGGCCGCACACGGACGAAGAGAUUGAGGCGCUGCUUGAAGACGUGGAACCAAACAGGGAAGAAAACUUCAGGGAUCGAGAGACACGGCCAGAGAGCUCCGGAGCCACGGGCAUGAGGCUGUUUCCGAUUCCUUAUCGGGGCGUGCCACUCACGGGAAGUAGUGCUGGAGAGGGAAGUACAAGCGGGAUGACUCCAGAGGUUGGGUCGGCCCAGCUUGGUGGGCAAGAGGAGAGAACGCCGUCAAAGGCUGAGCUGUUGCAGAGAAAGACGGCAGACCUGCAGAAGCGGAUGGCUGCCAUCCAAGCGUUCAAGACGCCCGCGAGCGAGCCCCCAGCCGAGGCCACCGCCUUGGUUGGGCUUGCCGGCUACGGGUCCGAGAUGGAGGAUGGGGAGAUCGCACCCUCGGACGAGGCCCCCACCUCGGAAGGUGCCAGGCCCGCCAGCCGCAGCGGCCGGUCAGAAAAGCCGUCGGGGGAGGACGACAUGGGGAUUGAUAACACCGAGGGGCGGCCAGAGGCCGGGGUGGGUGCGCCGGGGCAGCUCCGCAGCACGCUGCAGCAGCUGCUGGCGCUGGGGGCCUCUCUCCACGAGCAGUCGGGACAAGGGGCUACCAGGGGGGUGGGGACUAGUCCUACCCCACCGCCAGGGGCUGCUGCCUACCCCGAAGCGAGUCUCUUCACGCCCCAAAAUCCGUAUCCGAACCCGCCCCCGAUGCCGUAUAACGGGGCGGAAGCAGCGCCUGAGCCACCGUCGUACGACCCUUUUGCCGAGGCCCACCCCCCGCCGCCCCCAGCCAGCCCUCCACCCGAAGACACGUGGCCAGCUCAGCCGCCCUUCCCUCCCGAAGAGGCGUUGCUUCUGGAGCCUCAGCCCCCUCUCAGCAUAGUCGAAGCUGCGGUGGUCCCCGUAGUGGAGCCUCCACAGGUGCAAGGCCCCGUUCUAUUCGCGCCUCCAGUGCGUGUGGCUCGGCCGUUGGAAGCGGUGCCGAAAGUAGAGCAACCCAAAUCGGUCGCCGAAGCAGCCGCGGCAGCAGCAGGAGCAGCAGCGGGCUCGCGAAAGGCCAAGCCGAAGAAGCCCGCAUCUGCUCCUGUCGGGCGGGGGCUGUCCUCCGCCAAGAAGGUGUCGUCGCUCAUGGACAAGUGGAAGGCGGCGGCCCAGGAUGCGCAGCCCCGCAAGGAGGGCCCUCUCUCUGCUGAGGAACUGGAGCGGCAAAAGGCCGCGGAGCUCGAGGAGUGGAGGCGGCAGCAGAUUGCCAGCGGGGAAGCCGAUAAGAACGCCAACUUUGCGCCAGUCGAAGGGGACUGGCGGAAGCGCGUGAAGAAGGCGCAGAAGCAGGCCGAGAGGGAGGCGCGCCAGGCUGCGGCUCCCAGCGUCAGUCCGCCGCACGCGGACAAGCCCGACCUGGCGGCUCUCGCGAAAGGGCUGCAACCGGGCUGGCAGCCGUUCUUGGAUCCAGGCUCAGGUGACGUGUAUUACGGUAACCUGCGAACGUCCGAGACGACAUGGACAAGGCCGGCCGGGUGACACGUGACUUGCGGGUAGCCGUCCUUGACAUUAACUGUCGGUCCGACUCGGAACUGUCGGAAUUGGAAUUGUACGUCGGAACUGUCGGAAGUUGGAACUCACGUCGCUGUAGCUGGCCGUACUUGCACGAUGGGUGUGACGUCCAAAAUCCUGUACUACCUAGGCUGUAGAGCUAGGUCCUAGUCCUCGCUCAAAUAUGUACCUACAGUGAUUUUAUUGUCACUGUCAGUGUCAGUAUUCGAUGUC